GAGGGUAUAAAAGCACCCCCUUCUCGCUUCUCACCAGCAGAAUCCUGGUCAGAGAGCGCAGUUACUGUUGAAUUGCAAAGUGAAAUCGUAGGAAAGUUGAGUUGCAAUGGCACGUACCAAGCAGACUGCCCGUAAAUCCACUGGUGGAAAGGCACCAAGGAAACAGCUGGCUACCAAAGCAGCUAGGAAGAGUGCGCCCUCUACUGGCGGUGUCAAGAAACCCCACAGAUACAGGCCAGGCACAGUCGCUCUGAGAGAAAUCCGCCGGUACCAGAAGUCCACAGAGCUGCUGAUCCGCAAGCUGCCCUUCCAGCGUCUCGUGAGGGAGAUUGCGCAGGACUUCAAGACUGACCUGAGGUUCCAGAGUGCUGCCAUCGGAGCUCUUCAGGAAGCCAGUGAAGCUUAUCUGGUUGGUCUGUUUGAGGACACCAACCUGUGUGCCAUCCAUGCCAAGAGAGUGACCAUCAUGCCCAAGGACAUCCAACUUGCUCGGAGAAUCCGAGGGGAGCGUGCUUAAAAGGCCCCCCCAUUCUUUUGUGUUUUUUUUUUUUUCUUCAAGUAUCUGCAAGACUUUGGGCAAAACCAAUUAAUUUUUUUUACUCUUAUUGAACUGAAUGCCCUUAUGAGUAGGUUGAAGUAUUUUGUAUGUUUUUGUUAGUAUUGAUAGAAAAAAGUGGUUUUCAGUGCAAAAGUAGCAAGUGUUUUGUAAAACAUUCCUUCAAACUCGCUCAGGUUUUUAAACGAAUAGGUUUGUAUCAAAUUGUAAUACAUCUGGCUCAUUCUGUGUUGGGUGGAAUGUGUAGUUUGCAUGCUAUAAAGGGGAUAACUUAUUAGACUUGUCAUUAUUUUCUUUUUUGCAUUGUGGUGACAUAAUUGGGUUGUAAAUAAACUUUCCACUACCUCA